UCUCAUUCCACCGAAACGGACGACGAGAGAAGGGAGGCUCAGGGCCCGUAGGAUGGUAACCAUUACCGCGGGUCCACCGCACCACGACUUCGCUGCGCGCCUCCUGAUAUCGUCCAGCGGAAGAGAAAACACGUAGAGAUCAGUCUAACUCGCCCGCCAAUGCCUCUAGCCCGGGCGCUUAGUGAAGAAAGCGAGAGGCCGUUGUGGGUCCCGGAGCUCCCCGACCGUCCAGCCUCAGCGGAGGACGCAUUCUCUCGUGCCAUAGAGCACUCCGAGGAUGAGGGACUGCGAUUUCUUGACGAUCUUCAGUCGGGAAGGUCACGGUGGAGCACAGCUCGAGUACUGGGGAACGACAGCAGAGGUCUGGCUGGAGUCCACGUGGCCGUCCUGUGCAAGAGGUACAGAACACUCACUGUCCUACUGGCCAGCGGAGUGGCGGACAUCAACCAACCCAGUACUAAUCUGGGCAGUACGCCCCUCCACUUUGUGACUGGAAGGUUUGGCAACAGAGGCCCCCACCUCCAGCACCACAUACGAUGCAUUGUGAAGACUCUCAUUCGAGCUGGUGUCAGCCCCGAGGCCACCAACCACUAUGGGUUCACGGUGCUGCAUGAGAGUAUCAUGUGGGGUGACGUUACCUCUCUGUGCAUCAUGUUGGAGCAGAGCACGGCACAGUACUUCAAAAGAAUACUCCUCAUUGGUAGCCAUGUUCUACCUCAUGAACUGGCUUGGAGAUUGCCCACCCUUCCCCUGGAACUAAAACAAAUCCUCGAGAGAUCCUUCUUUGCUCAAAAGAGGGUGAAGGAAUCCACAACAGUGUCUUUAAAAGUCGACAACGUGCAUGAUUUCCAAGUUUAUCGUAAUCUAGAGUGUGUGGCUAACCCGAGUCCUCCCACCGUGGAGAGAGUUAGUUUCCUGCACCCAGAGUCGCUCACUGCCUCCCAAGUGGGGUCCCUACUGCGCAGUGCCCCGCAGAGCCUGGUGCUGGACGUUUUGAAGUACCAGCAGUCGAUAUUGGAAUACCAGCACCACUCGCUCCAGGAGACUCGCUACGUUUUCCCGGCCUAUUUCUCGCGCUCUCUGGCCGAAUGGGUGUGCACAGACUGCCGCAACUGUCGAAUCGUUGCCGGGCGUUGGUUCGGUGUUGCAACAGAGAACCUGGGGAUCCGGUACGUGGACCGCGUCCGGAGCCAGGGGGUCAUAGUCCAAGUCUGCUCUCCGACCUCCUCGGACGAAACGGGGAUCGAGUGUCGCAAUAUUCUCGAUUACGUCAUCGAGUCGGCGUACCGAGUUCACCGAGGGAUAGGUCCAGUGUCGGUCGUCAGCAGUCGUGAUCUGAGAACCGGGAAGAAGAUUCCUCAUCUGUUCUCACUGUCUGAAGUCAGCCAGGCACUCGCCACCCGCAAGACCUUCCUUCCCAACCCGGCAUCCAUGCACACCGCAGACACCAUCGCCGACCUCCUUCUCUCUGACACACCGCCACAAGCAGAGGCUGUUGAGCGUGAUUUUGCACCUGUUGCUGUCGAAUUCGUCAUACCCCAGAAGACUCCUUACCACUACGAUAUUCACUCUUGUGGGUCACUGGACGACUUCUUCCUGGAGAGAGAGGGUCCCCACUCUGCCCCUCCCCACUGCACACAGCCCCAUCCGACACCUGUUGGACCCCGUACGGCACCGAGUGGAAGGGCUACGGAGGAAUCGGGCUACGGGACUCAACCCUCUGCCCAGUUUCACGAUCUCUCAACCCAGCCGCCGUCCCUCCUGCGUACCUCUCUCUCCCGUUCCUCUGCCCCUCUUGGCUCACCACACGACACUCAGUCUGUCGCCACCUCGUUUCGACUUCGCCAAUGUAGCAGGACAGUCCAUAGUUUCGUGUCGUCAGUGUAUCCGACGUCAGUCUCGUGUGUGGACGACAGUGGUUCCGUUGUAGGAGCUUGUGGGAGGGAGCCUUCGUGUGCCCCGACAGCUGUAUCUGUGUCGGUGGACUUGGAGAGCUCCUUCAAUUCCUCCCCUCCCAUCAACAUCCCCAGACAUUCCUCCUCGUCCUCCCAUCACUGCCGAGAAGACUCGACCGCACAGCCACAGCCCAGCGCUAAAGACAGGGCUCCGAAGCAUCUCCCACAGCAAACCAGCCUGUUCCAGAGUCUGGGGCUGGUGGAGAGUAUUCCAGAAGACCUACCCUACCCUGAUGGGUCGCCCUCCCACAUCUCCACCUACCAGGCCUGGAGCCUUCUCCUCUCCUCCGCCACCUCCACCAUCGAUAUCUCUGCCUAUUACUGGUCUCUCAUUGGUCGAGGGAACACCAGUGACCCCACUGAUGAGGAGGGGAAACUGAUAUUCGAAGGGCUAGUAUCAGCCGCAGCACGUGGAGUAAAGAUCCGUGUGGUGCAGAACACCCCGACACGUGAAAUGCCAGACACUGACUCCCAACUAUUGGCCACGAUGGGAGCUGCAGAGGUGAGGAACCUGAGUAUUACAGCUCUGACCGGCUACGGGAUCCUCCACACUAAAAUGUUGGUGGUGGACGCGAGACACAUUUACGUGGGCAGUGCCAACCUGGACUGGAGAUCUCUGACUCAGGUGAAGGAGCUCGGGGUGAUUGGUACAGACUGUCAGUGUCUGGCCCAAGAUGCAGAGAAACUGUUUGAGAUAUACUGGUACCUGGCCACGCCCACCUCCCACAUUCCCCGUCCCUGGCCUCCUCAGUACGAUGCCAUGUUCAACCUCUCCCAUCCCGCCCUCCUCAGUCUCAACGAUACUCCUGCCUCUGUCUUCUGGUCGGUGAGUACCGUGUGAACAGUAUGAUGCUAGGUGUGGGUGGUAAUUCUGUACUUUUGCAAUCUGAUUGGUCAAUUGCAUGUGACUGCAGUCUAGAUAUAGCUUCUUUCCUUACCUCAUUUCUUGCAGUCGUCUCCCCCGUCAUUCUGUGCCCAGUAUCGCACCCCAGACCUGGAUGCCCUGCUGCAUGUCAUCGAGUCAGCUCAGACCAACAUCUCCAUAGCCGUCAUGGACUAUGCCCCUGCCUUCGUCUACCACCAUCCUCGCUCGUACUGGCCAGUAGUGGACGAUGCUCUCAGGAGGGCAGCCUAUGACAGAGGAGUCCACGUGAGGUUCCUGGGCAGUUACUGGGACCACACCUCUCCCGACCAGCUCAAGUUCCUCGCCAGUCUCGCCGCCGACAGCCCCAUUGGCAGAAAAUAUGGCACCAUCCAGGCUAGAUUGUUCCGUGUGCCUCCAGUCCCUGGCAAACACAUUCCCUACACACGAGUCAACCACAACAAGUACAUGGUCACUGACAACGCUGCUUACGUCACGACCUCCAACUGGUCAGCAGACUACUGGAAUGACACGGGAGGACUGAGUCUCACAUUCAACCAGACCUCAGUCUCUCCUCCCAAUGCCACUCUACAGUGCCAACUGGCUCAGGUCUUCCUGAGAGACUGGAACUCCCCUUAUGCAAUGGACAUUCAGGACUAUGUUAAUCUCAUACAUUAAUGAUUGAUCACUCGUUACACUCCAUUGUUGAAAGUUAAUGUUGUCAUCUGAAUCACAAUAAUUAUUGCUGCUUAUCUUUUAGCCUAUAAUAGUGCAGUGGCUACAUAUCCAAUCUUAUAAGUUCGAUGACCAUUGUUGACAUGUGACAGUCACAUGAC